CCGCCCCGUUCAGGUUGAUGCUGUAAGCGCUGGAAAGCGGAGUUACUUUGUGCACAAAAGCGAUGGCAGAAAUAUCGCUUUAUCUAUCCAGCGUCAGUAUAACUGUGGCACAUGAUAUGGACCCUGACAAGAGCUCUGGAAAAGAGAAGGACUAUGAGUGUGUGGAGCUUGGUGAUCUGGACAGAAAAGAGAAGACCCCACGCCGCAUUAUUCAUUUCUCCAGCGGAGAGACCAUGGAAGAAUACAGCACAGAUGAGGAGGAGGAAGACACAACACAGAACACAAAGAAAGACCUUCUGUCCUCCAUAGACACUUCCAAGCUGACCUGGGGCCCGUAUGUCUGGUUUCAGAUGUGGAGAGCAGCUACAUCCACGAUAUCUGCUUGUGAUUUAAUCGGUGAGCGAAUGGCAUCACUUUUUGGCAUCACCUCAGCUAAAUAUCAGUAUGCCAUCGAUGAAUACAGCCGGUCAAAGAGGGAGAAGGAGGAGAGAGAUGAAGAUAUGCGGCUCUCUGAAGAGGCAGAGCACCUGUUUGAAGAGCAGAAAAUUGAUGAGGAUGAGGAUGAGGAUGAAGAUGAGGAUGAUGAUCCAAAGACCAAGCAGCCUGACAACAACAGUACUCAAGUACAGAUGACCAAUGAGCUGGACCUCCACCGUUCUGUUGUCCCCAACACCCUUCACAUCCCGGCUCUCGUUACUCGCACUUAACUGCAGAUAUAUUUUGUCGUAUAUUUGUGGUUUAACCACUAGCCAGUGUUACUUAAAGCACUUAAUAUUCUGAUUUCUGAAUAUUAACUUGUGUCUUUGACUGUCUUAAUGCACUGAUCCUGGGCCAGUGAAUCUAUAUUUACUGAUCAUGGUGCUAAUGAGGAGGUGAGACCCAAAAUAAUUUCUUUGUCUAAAAAUGGAACUACAGUACCAUGAUUACACUGAACAUUUCUACAGUAUGUGUGUUUUUAAUUGACUCUGUACAGUAUGUAUGUAUGAAUUACUAUUAUUAGUGUUGUGAAACAUCUGAUGGACUUCCAUCGAUGCAGGGACACAUACCUCACGCUCAAUUU